AUGUGCGCCUCCCUUCAGAUGUGCCAUUGCGCUGAACGGGGUGCGAGGAUCGAGCUGUAUUUUCUGGGGGAGAAUUUACACGAUGCGGAAGAGCGGAAGAGAACAGAUGACCAUUGUGGCGGGCGGAAAAAAGUGUUACUUGGUAAGGACGACCUUCAUCUUCCAACCCUUCAGACGAAAAUUCCAUUACCUGACUUCAUCCUAAGGAUAAAGCAACCUACACCCAACUUCCGCGUGUCUCCAGUUGAUAGAGGUUCUCCGGCGACAGUAUCGCCCCGCCAACUUCGACUCGGUGAUCGUCGGAUUUUUAACAUAUACUCCCGUAAACCCAAGGAAAGAAAAAGGGUAAAGCAGCAUUCAACAUCCCCCCCAUCCCCCAUCUCCGCCUCCCUCACCCUGUGGGUUCUCGUUGUGGCAUCACCCGCAUGGUCUUGUCUCUGCGUCUCCAUUAUAACAAACGUUAUCACCACCAAGUCAAAGUCCGGUGUACAGCCCGGCUGGAUUCGCAGACGCGACUUCCGUUCACCAGCGUACAGGGCCCCAGAGGUCGACGUGCACGUUUACCGUGUAACCUCCUCAUUCGAGCCAACUCGUGUCAGCUGGAGGUUCAUUCAGUCACCACGGCUGACACAAAGAUUAAAGAAUACUCAGAACGCACCCGACGCCUUUCACCAUCUUCCAUCUGUACUCUGAAUGGUCAUCGCCCAAGAAAUAUCGAGAUCUAUGCCAUCAUUAGAAUCUCCAAAGUUUCCGGUCGCGACGACGACUUACGAACUGAAUGGUCCCCGUCAAUACAGGAAAUCUGUCGCCGGAACGGCGCUACCCGUCAAUCCCCGAAGAUUGUUAUUCCGCGCGACGGUGGGGUUCUCCUAGUUCUUCCACUCAAUCGCGCCGACAACACUGUCCGCCUCUGACUCUGCCAGCCGCUGUAUUCGCGACAACUUGCGACGUCCGUGCACUUUCGUUGUGCUCAUUUGGUAAUGUGCAACGCCACUGGCCGAAACAAGUACUGUUCGUAGGGGGUUAUCGGGAACGAGAAACAGGUCCAUAGAGCGAGAAAAUAUCGUGGCGGACCGACACUCUAUCUGAAUCGAUAUGCUUGUGCGCUGACAGGCCGCCUUAUAUUCGAACCGAUCACAU